AGCAUGCAACGCAGCGAAAGCAUGAGACUACAAGAGAGGAAGGUGAAGGAUCUGAUGGUGGAUAAGAGGCGGCUGGUGGAGGUGCCAUACACGGCGUCCCUGGCUGACACCAUGAACACGCUGGUGGCAAACAGGGUGUUGGCUGUGCCAGUGGCAGCCCCGCCGGGGCAGUGGAUCGGCGCGGGGGGUUCGAUGAUCGUGGAGUCUGACAAACAAACAGGAGUGGUGAGAAAGCACUACAUCGGGAUGGUGACGAUGCUUGAUAUAGUGGCCCACAUAGCCGGCGAGGACCACUUGGAUUUUGGUGGCGGCGGCGUUGAGAUGACAAACAACCUCCAUGAAAGGAUGUCUGUCCCUAUUUCUUCCAUCAUAGGCCACUCUUUUGAAGGGCUUAGCCUGUGGACUCUUAAUCCCUACACCAGCCUAUUAGAUUGCAUGGAAGUGUUUAGCAAAGGAGUUCAUCGUGCGAUGGUGCCGGUGGACAGCCAGAUGGAGAGUGGAUGGUCACCAGGCGGUGGUGUUGAACUGGUGGAGUCUGCUUCCGGCUACCAAAUGCUGACUCAGCUGGAUGUUGUUAGGUUCUUGAGAGAUCACGCAUCUGAUGAGUUACAGGCCAUUCUGGCGCGCUCUGUUCAAGACUUGGGUGCCGACACGGAACAGAUCUAUGCCAUCACUGACCGCACUAUUCUCUUGGAUGCCAUCAAGUGCUUAAAGUCUGCCAUGUUGAACGCUGUACCUAUUGUUCAAUCCUCUGAUGACGUCAUCGCUGAUGAUCUCAGGCAGCUCAUAAAUGGGAGAUUUAGGAAGCUUCUUGGGACAUUCUCUGCAACUGAUUUAAGGGGAUGUUACAUAAACACGCUCAAGUCAUGGUUCGGGAUAAGCGCACUUGAAUUCACCCAAAACAUUUCGGCCAGUCCUUUGUUCGCGGCACCGGAAUCACCCAUCUCAUGGAAGGAACUUGUGACUUGUCAUCUUGAAUCUCCUUUGUCGGAGGUGAUUGACAAGGCGGUUACCAAGCAUGUGCAUCGAGUGUGGGUGGUGGAUCAGCAGUGUUUGCUCGUUGGUGUUGUGUCUCUCACCGAUGUAAUUAGAGUUAUAAGGCUUGCUCUCAUCUCACCUCCCUCUUCACACCAAUGAUAUAUGCCACUAAAUUUCAGUUCAAGAUAGGU